ACAAGGAUGAAUGAAAUAUCAUGAUGGGGCUUAUCUAUGUAGACUGCAUUCGAAGCUGCCCCUAUCAAAUACUCAGCGCUAUAAUGAAAUUUGGAGUCUGGCCCUGAGCGCCCGAGGAAGAAGUCGGUGCCAUCGGUACCAAGGUGCUCAUAACUGCCAUGUCGCCGAGUUCGCGAUGGCGCCGAAUGGAAUUCCUCUGGAUACUGCUGCUAUAGUGUCCACAAUUCUAGAGGGAAUCUUUUACGGGUUUUCUGUGUUGAUGUUCACUUUCACGAUAUGGAUAAUGACGCACAGACGCAAGAGAAGAGAAGUCAAUCGUGUGAUGGUAGCUGUCGCCUGUUUUUUACUUUUGUUCAGUACUGCGCAUAUAGUUAUAAACAUAAUAAGACUCGAGGAGGGUCUCGUGCAAUACAGCAAGACUUUCCCAGGGGGCCCACUAGGAUACUUUUUCGACACUAAACAAUGGAGUUUUGUGUAUAAUGAUCUGAUAUAUAUUCUUCAAACUAUGCUUGGGGACGGCGUAGUCAUCUUCAGAUGCUAUGUUGUUUGGCAAUCGUGGUAUGUUAUCGCUGUCCCGAUGUUUAUGUGGUGUUCCAUGGUUGCUACAGGCAUAGGAUGUGUAUAUUCUCUAUCCAGGUCUUCGAGUCAGGAAGUCAUCUUUGCUCAGCAAACUGAACCAUGGGUCACGGCAUUUUUUGUUGCGACUCUAAUCACGAAUUUUUCUAGUACAUUCCUUUUGGCGUAUCGCAUAUGGAUCGUAGACCGCAGUUCAGCGCAAUUUCGGUCGCAGGGGUCUUCUCCGUGGCCUCUAGCGCGCAUCAUCAUGGAUUCUGGCAUACUAUACUCAAUUUCACUACUAGCGGCCCUUUUGUGCUUCGUCACUCAGAGCCGUGGACAAUACAUUAUACUAGAAAUGCUCCCGCCUAUAAUAUCUAUAGCUUUUUAUGGUGUCAUCAUCCGUGCCACGAUGCCGACAUCGGAUCGUGCGGGUCAGAGUCAGAGUACAAUGAGGUUUAGCCCGGGGAUUAGUCGAACGGAUUGGGACGAACGGGAAUACACGAGUGGGUGUAUGGAAGUUGAGUCCAAUGAAGUCGAAACGAAUAGGAAACACUCUUCUGGGGGGGGUGUGAUUUCGAUACGCGAGCUGUAGCUCUGUGAUAUUGAAUAUUGAUGUCUAGCGUGCGUUGUAUGCUGUCCCACCAGGAUACACAAUAUAUUCGUUUUCAAUGGC